AUGGCAGCAAACGGAAACGCACCUCCUGUCGGUCAGGAGAACAUCAACACCGACAUUGUCACCCUCUCCCGAUUCUUCACCGAGGAGCAGACCAAGUACCCUGAUGCUUCGGGUGACUUCACGCUCCUGUGCCACGCCCUCCAGUUCUCCUUCAAGUCAAUCGCCUACUACAUCCGUCGUGCCUCGCUGAUCAACCUGACCGGUCUGGCCGGUUCCUCCAACACCACGGGCGACGACCAGAAGAAGCUAGACGUGAUCGGCAAUGACAUCUUCAUCUCCGCCAUGCGCGGCUCCGGCAAGUGCCGCAUCGUCGUGUCCGAAGAAGAGGAGGACGUGAUCAGAUUCGACGAGCACCCAGACGCCCGCUACGCUGUGGUCUGCGACCCCAUCGAUGGCUCCUCCAACCUGGACGCCGGUGUCUCCGUCGGCACCAUCUUCGGCAUCUUCCAGCUGCCCGACGAGGUCCUCGGCGCCGGCAAGACCGUCGGCCCCGAGCAUCUGCUGCACCCGGGCACCUCGCUCGUGGCCUCCGGCUUCACCAUGUACGGCGCCUCCGCCCAGCUGGUCAUCACUAUGCGCGGCGGCGGCGUCAACGGCUUCACCCUCGAGAACUCGCUGGGCGAGUUCAUUUUGACCCACCCCAACAUGAGACUUCCCGAGACUCGCGCCAUCUACUCCGUCAACGAGGGCAACAGCAUGUACUGGGACGACUGGUGCAACGCCUACUUCCACAGCCUCAAGUACCCCGGCGAGGGCCAGAAGCCCUACAGCGCCCGCUACAUCGGCAGCAUGGUCGCUGACGCCUACCGAACCCUGCUCUACGGCGGCAUCUUCGCCUACCCGGCUGACAAGAAGAGCCCCAAGGGUAAGCUGCGCAUCCUGUACGAGUGCGCGCCCAUGGCCAUGGUAUUUGAGAAUGCCGGCGGUCUCGCCGUCAACUCGCGCAUGGAGCGCCUGAUGGAGGUUCGCCCCGAGCACAUCCACGACCGCAGCGGUGUCUUCCUCGGCUCCAAGGGCGAGGUCCAGAAGGUCAUCGACAUGUACAACAAGCACCACAACUAA